UGUUGCGCGAGUGUGUGAGAGAAUUCUCCACUUCGUUGACCGGCCACAGAGGGGGCGUGGUUGGGACAGUGCUCUGGCUAAUCAGAAAGGGGCGCUGGGCAGCUCUACAAAGUGUCUGGACUGGGACUUGAUGAAAGGCUCAUACUUGCAGCCUGGCACCGGUCAAACUAAAGGGAACUGCUACUUCCAAAUCCUCACUCUACUACUGAGCACACAUAAAAAGGCCAGGGAACUUUGAUUUACCUUGGGACAGAACUACAAACACUUUCUUCUUUCCAAAUUGACAGAAGAAAGACUAAAAUGUUAGUCAUAAAUGUGCUGACUUUAAGUGUGUGCGUGACCAUAGGAUCCUGCUAUAACGGUUUAGAUGGUAACAUGGGUAAGAGGCAGUAUCAAAUCCAGAACGGGCAGUGCAGCUACACCUUUCUCCUCCCUGAGCAGGACAACUGUCAGAGCAGCUUCAGUGACCCGGUGCAGAGGGAUGGGCCCAUGGACGAAGACGACUCCUCACAAAGACUGCAGCAACUGGAGAGCAUCAUGGAGAACAACACACAGUGGCUGCUCAAGUUGGAGAACUACAUACAAGACAGUCUGAAACACGACGUGGUACAAAUGCAACAGACGGCUGUCCAAAAUCACACCGCCACAAUGAUAGAGAUAGGAGCCAGCCUGCUGAGCCAGACAGUGGAGCAAUCAAAGAAACUGACCAAUGUAGAGACGCAGGUAAUUAGUCAAACAACUCGACUCGAGAAGAAGCUACUUGAAAAUGCGCUGUCAACCAGCAAGUUAGAAAAACAAGUUAUAGUCCAAAGUAAUGAGAUAAACAAACUGAAUGACAAGAACAGUUACCUAGAGAAGAGGGUGGAGGAGAUGGAGGGGCAGAGGCAGGUGGAACUAAAGACUCUCCGUGAGGAGAAGCAGCAGUUGGAGGCUCUGCUCCUGAGACAAACUGCAGUGAUUGGACAACUCCAACAACAGCUGAUCAAAGUGUCCUCCAACAACACCGUGUUGCACAGCCAGCAGCAACAAGUCCUAGACUCUGUCAACAGCCUCAUUCACUCCAUCGCCAUGGGAACACUAUCUGACAUUCUUGCAGAAACCAAAACAGCCAUGAUGAAAGAUAUUCCAACUACACAUGUUGACUGUGCUGCUGUAUUUAAGUCGGGCAAUACUCAAAGUGGAGUCUACACUCUGACUCUCCCAGACUCAACACAAGAGGUUAAGGCCUUCUGCGACAUGGAGACAGAUGGAGGAGGUUGGACUGUGAUACAAAAACGCUUUGAUGGCCAUGUUGACUUUCACCGUACGUGGCAGGAGUACAAAAAGGGUUUUGGAGAACCGUCCGGUGAAUACUGGCUUGGUAAUGACUUUGUUUACAAACUAACAAAUGUGCAUUCCUACAAAUUACGACUUCAACUGAACGACUGGGAAGGGAACUCUGGCUUAUCACAGUAUGACCAAUUUUCACUGGAGAGUGAGGAACAGAAUUACAGGAUACACCUUAAAGGCUACAGUGGAACUGCAGGGAAAAUCAGCAGCAUCGGGCAGCCAGGAAGUGAGUUCAGUACAAAGGACGCGGACAACGACAAGUGUGUUUGCAAAUGUUCCCAACUUACAACCGGAGGUUGGUGGUUUGAUGCCUGUGGACCUUCCAAUUUGAAUGGGAUGUACUACCAGCAGGGCCAGAACUCAAACCGCUUCAACGGAAUCAAAUGGUACUACUGGAAAGGCUCUGGUUACUCACUGAAAAGCACAACGAUGAUGAUAAGACCAGUGGACUUCUCAAGCUCUCUCUGACACCAGAACACAGACCGAAACCAACCAAAGGAUUAAGGACAUUCAUUUCAUUAACACAAACAAAGCUCCUUGAGUGUAAUUUGUGAACUUUAUGUAAUACUACUGCAAGUCUUUUGUAAACAAUUUUAUCAAGUCUACCAAAAAAUAGGCAAUAGGAAUGAAUAUGCUGCUCAGAUGUAGAAAAUGGUACAGAGAUGGCCUUGCUAAGUUACUACUGAUUGAUAUUUUCCAAGACACUAAAUUAUUUAAGAAUGUAAAAUACUUU